UCAGCAAGAGACAAAUGAUGAUGGGUAGCAGCUGCAACUCAACCAUGUCUUCUUCAUUUCCAAAUUCAUUCCUCUUCCUGCUCUCUCAUAAUUCUGAAACCUUGAAGCUCGCUUCACUUCAUCUUCAUUUACCAUUCAUCCUCUUGCUCCUUUUCCUUAUCUUUUUCGCUUUUCUCAUCCUCUACAAACUCGAACCCAAAACCCUAAUCACCAAGCAAAUGCCACUGCUCCCUCCUGGUCCAACUCCAUGGCCAUUAGUUGGGAACCUGCCUGAAUUAUUCACAAAAAAGCCGGUAUUCCGGUGGAUACUUGGACUUUUGGAGGAACUCAACACUGAGAUUGCAUGCAUCAAACUGGGCAAUGUCCAUGUCAUUCCCGUGAUUUCGCCUGAGAUUGCCAGGGAGUUUUUGAAGGAACACGAUGCAGUGUUUGCAUCCAGACCUAUUACAAUGACGUCCGAUCACUUGAGCAGAGGAUUCCUGACCACAGUCCUUUCGCCAUGGGGAGAGCAGUGGAAGAAGAUGAGAAGGAUCAUCACUUCCGAGGUGCUUAAGCCAGCAAGACAUAUGUGGCUCCUCCAGAAGAGAACUGAAGAAGCCGACAAUCUUGUCCGCUUCAUUUAUAACCAGUGUAAGUUCUCUAGUAUUACUAGCCAUAAUUUUACGGAAUCAUCGAUUGUGAAUGUGAGAACUGCAGUCAGACAAUACACAGGAAAUGUGGUUAGGAAGAUGAUGUUCAGCAGAAGGUACUUUGGGGAAGGAAGGAAAGAUGGAGGGCCUGGACUUGAAGAAGAAGAACACGUAAACUCCCUCUUUACCACGCUUGCUUACCUAUAUGUAUUCUCUCCAUCUGAUUACCUUCCAUGCCUGAGAGUCUUCGACUUAGAUGGCCACGAGAAGAUGGUAAAAGAGGCUUUGAGCAUAAUCAACAAGCAUCAUGAUCCGAUAGUGGACGAGAGAAUAAUACAAUGGAGGAAUGGGGAGAAGAAGGAGGUUGAGGACAUACUCGAUGUUUUCCUUACAAUCAGCGACACAAAGGGAAAACCAUUGCUAUCAGUAGAAGAGAUCAAAGCCCAACUCAUAGAACUGAUGAUUGAAAUAGUGGAUAAUCCAGCGCAUGCAGCUGAGUGGGCAAUGGCAGAAAUGAUCAAUCAACCCGAGAUUAUGCAGAAGGCCGUAGAAGAAAUCGAUAGAGUGGUUGGAAAGGAUAGACUUGUUCAAGAAUCCGAUAUCGCGCAGCUCAAAUAUGUUAAAGCCUGUGCUAGGGAAGCUCUGCGGCUUCACCCCAUAGCACCAUUCAACGUGCCCCAUGUGUCCAUGGCGGACUCUGUUGUGGCCGGCUACUUCAUCCCCAAAGGCAGCCAUGUCCUGCUGAGCCGGGUAGGGCUUGGACGGAACCCUAGAGUGUGGGAAGAGCCAUUAAAGUUUAAACCAGAGCGGCAUAUGAAUGAUGAAGUGGUGGAUUUAGCUGAGCCUGAGCUUCGGUUCAUUUCAUUUAGUACUGGGAGACGCGGGUGUCCUGGAACUGCCUUAGGGACAGCCUUGACAGUUACACUCUUGGCGAGACUUCUUCAAUGUUUUGCGUGGAGUGUGCCACCGAACCAGGACCAAAUUGACCUCACAGAAUCAAUGAACGAUCUCUUUCUAGCCAAGCCUCUCCAUGCUCAUGCAAAACCACGCUUGCAUGCUUCCAUGUAUGGGAAUUGAUUAAAACUUCAUCCAUUCCGAAGCUUGAUGAGUAGAGCCUAUAAAUAAGGAUUUAUGAGUUAAUAAAGAUAAAUGCUCUCAUCCAAUUUUCUUUUCUUCUCCACUUAUCACAUGAUGCUUUGGGGAUACAAAGAUACAUGAAAAAUGAUAUGUCAUUA